UUCAGCUUGCCUUUGGGCGGGGCCAGACGCCAAUCACGUGAUCGGUUGCCGAGCGCGGUUCAGUCAGACUGAGGUGAAAGAAAGCUAGAGACCGGAACCGGAAGGCGAAAUGCGACGCUAGACAACGGAGCUACAGUCUAGAGUGCUAAUAUUUAAAAUUAAAGGUGUCGGGAAAAAAAGUGAAUAUGAGUUCUCAACAGUUUCCCCGCCAGGCAACAUCCAUGUCAAUUCCCCAAGUUUCUAACAGUGGAGCAACCAUGGGGCAGAAUCCCCAAGGACAAGGAGAUGAGAUAAUACGAGACAUGGAUGUCCAAUCCCGUGAUUCAAUUGGUGCUGGCACAGUUCUACCAUCACGCGACGAUAAGCAGGAACCUGUGGUUGUCAGACCUUACCCUCAAGUUCAGAUGUUGGCUUCACACCAUCCAUUGCAACCUGCUCCUUCCCUCAGUAUGACUGCACAACCUGCUCACCUAACCUCAGCUGUUCCAUUGUCAUUCUCUGAGAAUAUCCUGAAGCAGACUUCAAAGUCUACUAUGCCUAGCCGGCCUAUUGCUCCAGCACCUCCCUCUGCACUGUCUGCUGUACCAAAGGUCUCUGGCCAAGUGACUGUCACAAUGGAGAGUGGUCUUCCACAGACCUCUGCUAUCCCUGUGGCCACAAUAAGUGGGCAGCAGGGGCAUCCCAACAGCCUCCACCAUAUUGUGGCUGCCACAAAUGUUCAGAUGUCAAUUAUCCGUAGUAGUGCCCCAGGACCUCCAUUGCAUAUUGGAGCUUCUCAUCUUCCCAGAGGAGCUGCUGCAGCAGCUGUCAUGUCAAGCUCUAAAGUGACUACUAUGUUAAGACCAGCUUCAGCACAGAUACCUAGCGCAGUUGCUGCCCAAUCAGCCACUCAACACAUUAUUCACCCCCCUAUCCAGUCUCGCCCUCCGGUGACAACGACAACAUCAGUUACUCCUGCUGUGGUAGCCACAGUAUCGGCUACUAGGGCGCAAUCACCAGUCAUAACAACUACACCAGCCCAUGCUGCUGAGCCAGUGUUAAGACCAACACUGUCUAUCCAGCAACACCCACCACCUGCUGCAAUCAGUAUCCAGAGAUCAGCUCAGGCUCGUGAUGCAGCCACCACGCGCAUUACUCUGCCAACACACCCUGCUUUAGGAGCUCAGAAGCCACAGCUACAUGCAAUGGCACAGAAGACUCUGUUUGGAACUGGUAAUCCAGUAGCAGCAGCAACAGUGGCUCCAAUUCUAGCAACAAACACUCUCCCUUCUGUGACAACUUCAGGUUCUGCUCCCCACACGCAAGUUUCCACGAGCGCCAUUGUUACUAUGACAAUGCCUACUCACUCUUCACAUGCUACAGCAGUGACUGCCUCCAACAUUCCUGUGGCCAAAGUGGUUCCACAGCAGAUCACUCACACCUCACCUCGGAUUCAGUCAGAGUAUGGAACAGAGAGAGGAAACUUGAUACCUAUUCCUGGUCACAGAGCUUCACCGAAUCCUAUGACUAUGGAGGCCAGGAGUGAAAACAGACAACCUGUUCCAGUGCAGUUACAGUACUUUCUACCAACCUAUCCUCCGUCUGCAUAUCCCCUGGCAGCACACACUUAUACCCCCAUUACUAGCUCUGUGUCCACCAUACGACAAUACCCAGUUUCAGCUCAAGCUCCAAACUCUGCCAUCACGGCCCAGUCUGUGGCUUCCACAGUCCACCUGAAUCCAAUGCAGCUGAUAAACAUGGACACAUCACACACACGCCACAUUCAGGGAAUCCAGCCUGCUCCAGUUAGUGCACAGGGGAUACAACCAUCUCCUUUUAGUGCACAGGGCAUCCAGGCAACACCUAUAAAUACCCAGGGAAUCCAGCAAACUUCAAUUAACACCCAGGCAAUCCACCCUGCAACAUCAAUAACUAACCAGGGAGUUCAGACCUCUUCAGUCAGCUCACAGCAAGCUCCAAAUGAACCAAAGGCUUCUGUUGUACUUGCUGAGGGUGCCACAAUUGUUGCAAAUCCAAUAAACAGUACUUUCAGUGCCACACCUGCUGGCACUACAGUUAUGCAGAGCCACAGUCAGAGUCCUGGGAUCAGCAGUUCCCCUGCACAGGGGUCCUCUCCUCGACCCAGCAUCCUACGAAAGAAACCUGCAACUGAUGGGUUAUCUGUUAGAAAAAGCCUUAUUCCCCCUCACCCAGGAGAUGCUGUAAGCCCACGUCAGGACAGCUCCUUGCGCAGUACAUCUGCUUCUCCACGACCUGCUGGCGCAAAACCCAAAGCAGAUCUUCAUGUACCUGUGGCACCAGGCGUGACUGGAGAUCCAGGAGCAGCUGAUCAGCCAAAUGCAGCUGCUUCCCUACCAUCUUCUCAUCACCCUGCAGCAGCUGUGCCAAGCCCUCCCUCUCAGCCUGCAUCUGGGCCCAUUCCUAGCAGCAUCCACAUUACUCCUGCCACAAUUCCUGCAUUAUCUGCACCACCACCUCUUCUGAGUAAUGCACCAUCUGGAGCUGUUAUCCCCGAAGCCAAGGUUAAAGAGGAGGCAGAACCAAUGGACAUUUCCAGACCUGUUUCAGCAGUGCCACCACUUCCCCCAAAUUCAAUAUCUUCCCCACUAACAGUGCUUGCCAAUAACAUCUCCAUUCCUGCUGGGGAACUACUUCCAGGGGCCUCACCCCGCAAGAAACCACGCAAACAGCAGCAUGUUAUAUCCACAGAAGAGGGAGACAUGAUGGAGACUAACAGCACAGAUGAAGAGCGCUGUCAUGCUGUAAAACCUUUAACAUCCCGGCCUGAGAAGAGGAAAUCUCCUCCUAAAGAGUAUAUAGAUGAGGAAGGAGUGCGAUAUGUCCCAGUAAGGCCAAGGCCUCCUAUUACACUUCUGCGCCAUUAUCGCAACCCGUGGAAAGCAGCUUACCAUCAUUUUCAGAGAUAUAGUGAUGUACGAGUAAAAGAAGAGAAGAAACUGACAUUGCAAGAAGUAGCUAACCAAAAAGGGAUCACGUGCCGAGUUCAGGGUUGGAAAACCCAUCUCUGUGCUGCUCAGCUUCUCCAGUUGAUUAAAUUGGAGCAAGAUGUGUUUGAAAGGUUAACAGUGCUGCAGGAGGGGCUCAUUCCCAAGAAGAAGACUGCCACUGAUGAUGACUUGCACAGAAUCAAUGAACUGAUUCAGGGUAAUAUGCAGCGGUGCAAGUUAGUCAUGGACCAAAUAACUGAGUCUCGGGACUGCAUGCUUAAAGUACUUGACCACAAGGAUCGUGUGCUAAAGUUGCUCAAUAAAAGUGGGGCAUCUCGCAGGCUCACAAAAGUGAAACAGAAGGACAAAAUGUGAAUCCAGAACCAGCACUACCACCCUUCUACUGUGUAAAGUUCAUUCCUGCACCAGCAGAGGGCAAGUUUUCUGUGUGCCAGAGAUGCUGCGUUUGUAUCAUUUGUUUCCUUAUUGACUUGGUCAUUUACUACGAGCCCGAACGUAAUCGGAUUUCUUGCGGCCAGCUAAUAAUGCUUGGAUGGACCUUAAAAUGCUUGCUUUAUUUUGAGGAGGGUUAAACACAGCUUGAUUAAACUGCCGGUUCUACAUAUAAGUGCUGGUAAGUGUGCACCACCCAAAUGCUUGUAUAUAGUGCUAUUCAUCUUUUCGCUGUUACACACAAACCUGCCUUGUAUUUACACCCGUUUUAUUAUUAUUUUUAUUUGAAUGUGUGUUUUCAGGUAUUACUUAUUCAGACAGAUGUCUUAUAUUGUUAAUGUUUUAUCUUGUCCAUGUCUAUGUGAAGUAAUCCAUUCUGGACCUCCAUCUUCAGCAAUCUGAGAAUCUGAACAGUAAUUCUGAGAUGGAAACAAGCAAUUUUAAUAAGAACACUUAAAAAACAUCUUUGUGUGGCUGCUUUGAAACCUUUAGAGCACUCUUUUGGACAUAUUUUAUGUGCCCCAGGUUAAAAGGGUUGUUGGCAGCCAUAGCUGAAUAUCCUGUAUGAAUAGCCCAGAAAAGUUGUAUUUUAGUUAAGCACCAAAUCUUCCACUAAAUGCAUCCUCUCCCGCCCCCCAUAUCCUGUCAUUUACAUACCUAAAAGACAUGGUCUAAUAGCAGUGUACUGUAGUUCAACUGUGGGCUAUAUAGGAGGAUCUUGAAACAUAUGAACGUAUCAUGUGGGAAAAAGUCUUUGUGCCUUUAAAAUUGUGGAGUAUAGAGUAAAGUUGUGUAGUGUUGUACAAGUGUCAUUUUUAUUUCAUGCAUUCUUUUUUAGCGAUUGAGAACAAUGUUUUUCCCCAGAAAUGAACUCAACAGACAGAAUCUGGAAGUGAAGCAUUCAUGCAUAGGGUCCAAGACUUCUUAUGUUUACAGCAGAGUCAAAUUAUGGACAAUUAAUGGUGGGAAAGAUCCAAUUUCUAAACUCAGGCUAAUCAAGAAAAACAUAAAAAAAAUCAAUGUUAUUGGUGUCCAUGUUAAACUGAAUUGCACUGUGUAAGUAUGCAGGUUAUUAGGAUUAAAGAAAAUGCAAUCAUG